AUGUCGUCGGAAGACGAAGUUGGUGCUGAGGGGGCCGGCGAACUGCCUAAUGCCCCCAGGCAGGAAGAAACGCCUUUGAAAUCCAACUUGAAACAAAUCGCGAAUUCUGGCGCGCAUGUCCUGAGGAAGCUGUCGAUCGAUCCGAAACUCGUUCCGAAGCCAGCUUCACGAGAUGAGGCCGACAAGAUGAUUCCAGGAUUCUUUUUGAUGAUGGUUUUGAUACAUACGAGCGAGAGCAGAGGGCCACAUCAUCCGAGAGGAGAAGCGGUCGUGAAACAUGUCCAUUAUAGGCCAACGAAGACUGCGCCUGAAAAGCUCAUGCAGGAUGCCGAGCUUUUACACGAUAAAGAGCAUCUUCAGGAACAUUUAGAGGAAAUUAUCAAGGAACCCGAUUUAUCUAAAAUGACUGAUGAAGAACUGGAAUUUUACUAUUUUCAAGUUCAUGACACUGAUAAAAAUUCGAAACUUGACGGUCUUGAGAUUCUCAACGCUAUUCUUCAUACUACUCACGAAGAAAAACAUGAAGAAGGUAAAGAAACUCACUCCACUGACGAUUUUGAGUAUUAUGUUGAACUUAUUGAUCGUGUUUUGAUGGAAGAUGAUUCCGACAAAGACGGGUAUUUGAGCUAUCCAGAAUACACAUCAGGGCGAAGAAAUGCUAUAAUUGCUGAAAACAGAAAUCAGCCUUCUGUUAAAAUGGUCUCUCAGACAUAAAACUAUUAUUUCAAUGUUUUGAGAACAUGCAUAUUAUUUUUUUAUUUUAGUAAACAUGUCUAUAGUGCAAUUUAAAUAAUACUAAUAAAAUUAUACAAAAUA